AUGGAGGACGCGCACCGGGCCGCCCGCCUGGCCGCCUCCUGCCUCCGCACGCCGCUCGACCCGCGCACACGGGCACCAGCCGCGCUCUACGAGCGGGGACCGCCGCCCGCCGCGCAGGAUGGCUUUGACUUGGAUUCAAAUACCAACAGAGAGCAGACCUCCCCUCCAAAGACAGACUGUGACAAUUGGAUAGACUUUUCCAAAAUGUACAAUUCAAAUCAAGAGUAUUACUUUAAGCUGGAAGAGUUGAAGAAUGCCCACAUGGAGACCAUGGCAAAACUGGAAAGUAUGUAUCGGAACAAACCCUAUUUAAAAGGAGUACAAGCCCUGGAUAAGAGAAAUCACACCUCUCCAAACUGUUGUAGGCCAACUUGGGACAAGACCUCAUAUCAGCCUCUUAACCUGCAGAAAUCCUUUUCAGACUCAGACUUAAGUGAUCCCUUGGACUCGAGUGUGUCUGACAUGUCUGAGGUAGAAUUAGUGUUUGAAGAAAACAGCAGUGAAACUGCAUCAUCCUCGUUUGCUAGGCAGCAGAUUGAAAAAAUGUGGGAUGGGUUCUCUCUGGAAGACUAUAUAUCCCGUGCCAGGCACAGCUUGCCCAGCUCACCACCCUGCAGGAAGGUGCCCAAGAAACAGAAAGCAUGGUCUCCCAGAAUCACCGUGCCCAAGCCCUUCCAGAUGACCAUCAGGGAAGCCCAGAAGAAAGAGCAGAACGUCAAAUCCAAGUCACAGAUGGAACUGGAAAAUCACUUACUGAAGAAGCAGCUAGAGGAGGAAGCAGAGUGUCAGAAAAAAUUCCGAGCCAAUCCCGUGCCUGCCGCCGUCCUCCUACCACUCUACCAUGACAUUGUGCAGCAGAAUGAGAAGCGCAGGAGGUCUGUGAAGGAGACGAGCAAACUCAAGCUCCUGGCUUCCCAAAAGCCAUUUAAAUUCAUUGAGCGAGAGAGGCAAAAGAGAGAAACCAGGAAAAUGCAGUUAAAAGAUGUUUUGCCACCUGAAAAUAAAACAAAAGUGUUCAGAGCAAGACCAGUCCCAAAAUUUGUUUAUAGUCCAGAUUACAAUGACAAGCUGAAGGAGAAGGAGCUCUACAGGGAAAUCAGGAUCAGGAUGAGAGCAGAGGAGCUCCUACGAAAUUCAAGUGUACCCAACAGCAGACUGGCCUUAAAGGAGGCCAACGAAAAGAAGAAACACAAGAGCACUGAACACAAACCCAAGAUCAAGCCAAUCAUUCCUGAUUUUGAUCUCCUACAUGAGAAAUUCCAGAAACGCCUCCUACAACAAAAAAGAGUGAAACCCCUCACAGUCUGUGAGCCUUUCCACCUUUUUACUUCAUACAUUCCAUCAAACAAGGACAAGAUCUUGAAGGACAUUCAAGAGGAUGAAGAAACAUUGAAGGAAACACGGUGGCCAUUUGCCUCUCUGAGACGGAAACCUCAGAUGGGGCAGGCAGGGUCAAACCCACAUCUCUUGGGAAGAGGAAAAUCCAAAUAUCCCAAAACCACAGAAUCCACAAGACGACGGCUACAAGCUCUAAGGAAUUCCCUUGAGGAAAAAAGAAAGCUGGAAGAACAACAAAAGAGGAACAGAACCAAGCAGAAACAAAGAACGAAAAAAUUCCAGAAAAUUGUGGUGGCUCGGGCUGAGGCCAAUGACCCACAUCAGAGCCUAGCUCAGAUGUCUAAAUCCAGAUUAAAAACAUUCAGGAACAACGAGAGGCAGAGAAGGCAGGAAUAUUUGCAAGAACUGCAAGAAAUGGAAAAAAGAGUAAAACAAAUGCCAUUGCUUUUUGAAAGAGUUGCUCAGAAAAAUGCCAGAAUAGCUGCAGAAAAGUAUUAUUCAAACAGACUGAGAGCACUGGGGAUCUGCCCAGAGUUUGUUUCAAAGAAAGGAGGAGCAGCCAAAUCACUGCAGUUUUCCAGUGCUGGAGAUUUUACCUCUGUUGCUGUCAGAGAAAGAAUCAUCAAGGUUAAAGCGAAAAAAGGGGAAUCCUUUGAGGAAGCAACUGGUGACAAUCCCCAGUGUGAGCAGUCCUGGGAGGAAGAGGAGGAAGAGAAGGGACAAGGUGUCAGAACCUCCACCCCACAUGAGCAGUGCAGUGACCUGGAGGAUGGGGAUGAGGCCAGAGCCAGCCCUGAUGUCCUUGGGCCUGAAUCCAGCCAUGACAGUGAUGAGGAGGAGGGGGAGGAGGAAGAGGAAGCAAAGUCAAGCCCAUCACUUGGUCAUUCUGAGGAGGAGGAAGAAGAAGCCAAGGCAGACCUGUCACUUGGUCAUUCCCAGGAGGAAGAAGAGGAGGAAGAGAAAGUAAAGGCAGAUCCAUCGCUUGGCUAUUCCCAAGAGGAGGAGGAGGAAGAGUCCAGGCCCAGCUCUGGGUCUGACAGGUGCCAGGAGCACAAAGAGGAAGCUCAGUCAGACCCUGAAGAUGAAAGUGCCUCCCAGUAUAAGGAUGAGGAAUAUGACAGUGAUGAUUCCCAGGAGAAGCCCAGUGAUGAUGGAGAGGACUGA